AAGAAAACUGAAGCAGAGUUUGUUUCUUCUAUAUUGGUGCAAAAAUAUAUCCAUAUUAGCUGCUGAUUUUUAUUAUCUUCAGCAGCCUGUAAGAGAUGGCUGUAGCUGCCUAUGCAUCAUUGGUUUCUCUUACUCAUGUCCUUGACAACGUUCAUUACCGUGCUCAGCUUCGUCGCCUUCAUGUGGACAUAAAACUGAUUGAAUCUCUCCAAGAAGGUGUCAAUUCCUUGUUGGAUAUUCUUGAAGUGAACCAUAGAAGUAAAAGCCAGAAGGCUGAAAAUCUUUGGAGGCAAAUAUCUGAAGUUAAUUUGGAGAUCGAAGAAAUUUUUGACUCACAUGUUGUGAGUCAACUUCAGAAGGAAUCUCAGGGAGAAAGUAGUGAUCUGGGCGCGAGAUCAUUUGAUGAAGAUUUAGACACUAUGAUCCAAAAGGUUGACUGCAUCAAGCGAGAGCUAUCGAUGGUUGAAGAGGUCGUGGUUGGACAACAAACCAGAGCUUCUGUUCCUGCUGGUGGUUCUUCAACUGCUGCAUCCGCUGUUGGAAAGAAUAUUAUUGUGGGACUUGAGGAACACGUGAUCAAGAUUACGGGUGAGCUAGCUAGAUAUGAAGACAAGCUCCAAAUCAUCCCAAUUGUCGGGAUGGGGGGUAUUGGCAAAACUACUCUUGCUAAAAGAGUUUAUGAAGAUAAAUAUGUCAUCGAACGCUUUGAUGUGCGCAUUUGGCUUACUAUUUCUCAGGAGUAUAGUGUCGAUGAGAUCCUCCAAGGUCUUAUCAAUGACGGAAAAGUAGAAAGACAUGGUAAAAAUUCAGAUGGGCUCGGGGAAAUAUUGCGCAAGAAGCUAUACGGCAGAAGAUAUUUGAUUGUUAUGGAUGACAUAUGGACUCUUCAAGCUUGGGAUGAUUUAAGGAGGUUCUUUCCGGAUAACGGGAAUGGAAGUCGGAUUAUCAUGACUACUAGGCUAUCACACGUAGCUGGCUCUUUAGGCUCGCAUGACCCCUAUCCAAUGACAUUUCUAGACGCAAAUACAAGUUGGAGUUUAUUUUGUCAAAUCGUAUUUGACGAAGAAAAUUGUUCACAUCGAGAAUUGGAGCAAAUCGGAAGGGUUAUUGUCAGAAAUUGCAGAGGGCUUCCUUUACAAAUUACUGUUAUAGGAGGACUACUUGCAAAGUCGGAUAUGAAGAAAGAAUAUUGGGAAUCAGUUGCCGAAAAUGUAAGUUCUUUUGGCAAUGCAAGUAAUGACGAGCAUUGCCUGAAUAUAUUACUUUUGAGUUAUAAUAAUCUGCCUAUAUAUCUCAAGCCAUGUUUUCUCUACAUGAGAGCCUUCCCUGAAGAUUCUGAAAUUCAUGUCGCAACUCUAAUCAGAUUUUGGGUCGAUGAAGGUUUCAUAACAACAAAAGAAGAUAAAAGUUUGGAAGAACUUGCAAUGGAAUACUUGAAGGAUCUUGUUGAUAGAAAUCUACUUUGUCUUCAUAAACAUUAUGCCGUUACCGGGAAAAUAGAAACAUACAGCAUCCAUGAUCUUUUGCGAGAUCUAUGCAUUAGUGUAUCUAAAAAAGAGAAUUUUUUGUGUUCUACCAGAAUCCAAAACAUCAGUUUAGUAAAAGAAGGAGAAAGGACAAAUCCCUUUACACUUGGUGUUAUUACUCCGUCAGCUUCACAUGGUAAUCCUCCGGUUUGUUGCGACAAUAAAGUGACUUAUUCACAUAUGAAGGGACUAAGAUUGGUGAAAGUCAUCGAUGAAGUUGGUGUAGCUCAUGAUUCACUUGUGCAGCACACUAAAUUACGCUGCGUCUCUCUUCCCAUGUACAAGCCUCCAAUGUUCAUGUUUUCUUCGACGCUACAUUUGUUAUGGAACCUUCAGACUUUGUUAUUCCCACAUUUACCUUCGGUAGUUUUACCAACUGAAAUCUGGAAGCUGCCGCAACUUAGAAUUAUUGACUUCAAGGAUGUGGUGUUGCCUAAGCCUCCUAAUGUUCGCGACGAAGGGAAAGAUUUCUUCAUUCUGAAAAAUCUUCAAAGCCUUACCACUGCAAGGAAUUUCGAGCUCACGGAUGAGAUUCUUGGUAGAAUCCCUAAUUUGAAGGAAAUACGGAUAAAGUAUGACAAGAGUAUGAAAGAGUGGAAUACUAAUUUGUGUAAUCUUUCCCGAUUACACAAACUUGAAAGACUAACUGUCGUAAUGACAUUGCAGAACAUUGGCUUUCCAAAUUCACUCAAAUUCUUGUUUCUGAUGAGCUGCAGAAUUCCUUGGAGUGGAAUGUCAAUGGUUGGUUCAUUACCGAAUCUUGAAGUUCUUAUGCUGUGGUAUACUGCAAAGGGCUCUGAGUGGAAUCCAACUGAAGGAGAAUUUCUUCGAUUAAAAAGAUUGUUUAUACAUGGUAGUGAUUUAGUAGAUUGGAGAGCUGAUCAAUACCACUAUCCUGUUCUUGAGAUUCUUGGACUGUCUAACUUACCUUCAUUGGAAGAAAUCCCUUUAGGUGUUGGAGAUAUUCCGACACUGUGUACAAUUCUUUUGAGCAAUUGCAGUGAGUCUGUUGUGGAUUCGGCAUACCUAAUAUUAGAGGAACAAAAGAGCAUGGGAAAUGAUAUCCUCAAGAUUCAUGUCUCAGAUGAUUCUGAAGAUGAAGACGAAGAUGAAGAUUAUGAGUCUGUCUGACGGCCUUAAGUAGGAGAAGAAGAAGAAGAAGAAGAUGAUGAUGAUGAUGUAAUGAAGUCAAAAGUUUUAGCUUGUGUUCUUUUGUGGU